GCCUUCCCGUCUUAUCUUCAUAUCUGAACACAUACUCUCUGUCUCUCUCUCUCAUGGCGUCGCUGCUGUUAGUCGGAGUCGGAGCUCUUCCAAUGGCCUCCUCCAAAGCUCUCACUCUCUCCCCCACGCUUUCGUUCUCUCGAUCCCAAUCUCUCUCUUCUCUCUCUCUCCCAACUUCUUCCUUCUCACUCUCAACCUCUCCAUCACUCCCAUUAAUUUACUGUGGCAGAGGCGACAAGAAGACCGCCAGAGGGAAGCGAUUCAACCACUCCUUCGGAAAUGCAAGGCCUCGGAACAAGAAGAAGGGGAGAGGACCUCCGAGGGUUCCGGUUCCUCCAGCACCACCCAAGAAGGACCGUUUCGACGACACCGAGAAGAUCAAAAUCGAUAUCGAUGAGUCCCUCUUUUCUAGUUGAAGCAAUUAUUGCUGAAUUUGUUUGUGAUUUCUGUAAUUUCUCAUCUUUUAUGCAUAUCUUUUGCUGUCACAAUGUUUUUAACUUUUGGUAAUUGUUAAUUUGCACUCUAUCUUAAUUUGCUUGUGA